AUGAGCGCUCUUAUCUCCUGGCUUCGACGCCUCUAUUCCCUCGACACGCUCGAUACUCGUCUCACCGCGUCGAGUACCACCUCGCUCAGAGCUGCUGCUGAUUCCAGGCGGACCCCUGCCGAACGUGAUGCCCGCGCCAAUGCUAUUGCGAGUCGUGCCUCGCCGCCGAGAUGGCACACGCCGGAGUUCUUCGUCUACUAUCUCUUUUUCAUCGUAUGCGUGCCGUUGAUGUUCAAGACGGUUGUCGAUGUGUCUCAGGAGAGCCACCCGACUUACAAGACUUAUUCUCAUCUCCUCUCUGACGGAUGGAUAUUCGGUCGCAAAGUGGACAAUUCGGACGCCCAGUAUGCGAGUUUCCGCGACAAUAUCCCCUACCUCCUGGUGUUAUUGAUCCUCCACCCUCUCCUCCAUCGUAUAUACGAUACCUUAGUCUCUGGCACGGAUGGCACGGCCGGCGACGCUCGAUUGCGUCGCCAAAUACGCUUCGACUUUUAUUUCGGGCUGGUGUUCAUCGUGGUUCUCCAUGGCGUGUCGGCUGUCAAGAUUCUGGGGAUCAUGUAUGUGAAUUACAGGAUCGCAAGGGGUCUGCCACAGCGGUUUGUGCCAGCCGCGACGUGGACGUUCAAUAUUGCCAUCCUGUUCGCGAACGAAUUGUGUUCGGGAUACCCGCUGGAGCGCAUCGUCCUUCUCUUCACCCCCCCGGUGACGGAAUCGUUGCAAGAGCCCGCAAUUAUACUCUGGGCUCGCUGGCUGGAUAGUCUCGGCGGCUUGAUGCCGCGAUGGGAAGUGCUGUUCAAGUUUGCAGUGCUCCGUCAUAUCAGCUUUAACAUGGACUACCAUUGGAGUCUGAAUUAUACCGCAGCAAGCCCAAUCGAGAAGAAGCAGCUAGACCCUUCGUCCCUAUCGGAGCGAGACCGCGUUAGCAUCCCCGCCGAGCCGGCUGCCUACAACGGCCGCAACUAUCUGGCCUACGCGCUCUACGCGCCUCUGUACCUAUCCGGGCCGAUCGUCACGUUCAACGACUACAUCUCGCAGCGCCGCUAUGCAUCCCCCUCGCUCACCCGGACCCGAACAACCCUGUACGGCAUCCGGUUCUUCCUCACCCUGCUCUGUAUGGAGCUCAUGCUCCACUACAUCUACGCCGUGGCCAUCUCCAAGGCAUCCCCGAAUUGGAGCAUGUACUCCACCGGCCAGCUCAGCAUGCUAGCCUACUUCAACCUGCACAUCAUCUGGCUCAAACUGCUCAUCCCCUGGCGUUUCUUCCGCCUGUGGGCCCUCGUCGACGGCAUCGACCCCCCCGAGAAUAUGGUCCGCUGCAUGUCAAACAACUACUCCACUCUUGCCUUCUGGCGCUCCUGGCACCGUUCUUAUAACCGCUGGAUCGUCCGCUACGUCUACAUCCCAUUAGGAGGUGCUGGCAGGCCUUCAAAAUCAUCGGGCGACAAGUCUUCUUCUUCUUCUUCUUCUUCUUCUACAGCCACAAUCCGCAAGGUAUUCAAUUUCUUCGUCGUCUUCACCUUUGUCGCCCUGUGGCAUGAUAUCAACCUCCGCCUCCUCAUGUGGGGCUGGCUGAUCUCGUUCUUCGUCCUGCCCGAGAUCCUCGGCCAGAUGCUCUUCCCCGCGAGCAAGUGGCGGAACAGACCGACCGCGUACCGUGUUCUCUGUGGGGUAGGCGCCGUGGCUAACGUCUUCAUGAUGAUGGUCGCCAACCUGGUCGGGUUCGCGCUGGGACUCGACGGGCUCAAGGGCCUGUUGGCGGGGGCGCUUGGCUCGUGGGCCGGGAUUGCGUUUUUGCUGACCACCUGCGUUGUCCUCUUCGUCGGCGUGCAGACCAUGUUCGAGAUUCGGGAGGAGGAACGCCGGAACGGAAUCGACUUGAAGUGUUAA